AUGCGUGAGCCAUUGAGCUACGGAGCCCAUUCCCAUGGUGCUUCAAGUCAUGAAGUAUGCAAGAAUGAGGCUGUUGGAAAAUUCAUGGAAUGGUUUCAAGACACGGAAAAUGUAGGAAAAAGAACAAAAAGACUGGAAAUAGUUGGAAGAGAACAUUGUGGAAAGACUUGGUUCGCUAAAAAGCUGUCUGAAAUGUCCGAAUGUGUUGCAUCUCACUUCUGUCGUCCAGAUGAACCACAAUCCUCUGAACCAGCUACAGUAAUACGAUCGAUUGGAGAACAGCUGAUGCGCCGAUUUCCGAAUUUGGUCUUGCCACGAUUAACUACCGUAACCCUUUUGGAAGAUACAGUAUCUGCUCUCGAUCACUUUCUACGCCUUCCUCUCGAAACAAUGCCUUCUUCAUCUAAACAAGUCUUCAUUGUAAUAGAUAGUGUAGAUGAAGAAGAGACGCAGAUUCUGAUUGAGAUGCUGAUGGAUAUUUUACCGACAUGGACUCGAAUGGUAACAACUGCAAAACAGGAGAGUCUAGUUGAUAAGGAAAAAAACAAAAAUGAGAUUUUGGAAUUGGAUUCAAUAGACGACGUGGAUUUCAAAAGAUUUAUUAGGUCAAAAUUACCUCAUUGUCAUGUUGAAGAAAUUCGAGAAGCAUCUGAAGGAUCUUGGUUUUAUGUGGAUCAAUUAUCGAGAGCUGUAGAACAUGGAUUGAUUCCGAGUGAUGUGAUUCCACCGAACGGAGUUGAGAAAAUGAUGCAUUUGAUAGCAAGAAGUCUCCCUGGGGCAUUUGCAGAUAUUGUGAGACUGGCUAAAACAAGUCGAUGCCGCCCAACGAAUCAACAACUACUCGCUGUAUCUCAAAUGUUAAUUGCACGAGAUAUUUCAGUUUUAGAGAAAGAUAUUCGACUAAUCAGGCAGUUAAUUGGAACAUCUCAAUUCUCGAAUUCUGAUUCUGAACUGUUCGAUGUUCCUGAUAUAUGGUUCUAUCUUGUUGGGGAAGAGAACCUCCGAUGCCAUGCUGCAUGGGCGGAACAUUUCAAAACAAAAAGAAGAAAAUGUGCUCAAGAUAUUUGUGAACUUGCAUAUCAUUUAUCUCAUUCUACAACCAAUCCUAUAAAUGCAAUCAAAACAUUACAAAGUGUUGGAGCUGGCGACUUGAUUCUUCGAUGCCAUAUCAUUGAUCUACCAACAACUGCACUUUUGAAAUCAGCAGGAGCAAGACUGGAAGAGAAUAAUUAUGAUAUUGUGUAUGCGUGUUCAGUUGGAGAUGUCACUUAUCUCGAUGCUAUACUCAGAGAAAUCAAACCAAUUCCCAUGGAAAUUUGUUUUGGACUUCUGACUGCAGCAGCACGUGGAAACAUUGAGAUGUGUCGAUUCCUUGCUGAUCACUUUCCUCAAUUGGUGACUUCUUCUUGUUGUGGAGAAUGGAAUGCAUUGAGAAGUGCCGCUUGUUAUGGACAACUCGAAAUUCUUCAUCUUCUUCUUGAUAAAGGAGUUGAUGUCGAUGAGUGUGGACAUAGCGAUCGGACAGCUCUUCGAGCAGCUGCAUGGUCAGGACAACUUUCGGCAGUUCAAUUAUUAUUACAAACUGGAGCACAAGUUGAUAGAAGAGAUUCAGAACAAAGAACUGCAUUGAUGGCGGCUGCGUUUAUGGGUCAUCGAGAUGUUGUCUCUGUCAUAAUACAGUAUGGAGCUGAUGUGAAUGCAGUCGAUAAGUCAGGUGCAACUGCAUUACAUUUGAAUCUUUCGAACGGAUCAAAACAAGAUGAACAUUCCGAAACAACUCGACUUCUUUUGGAAAACAACGCAGACUGUAAAAUUGAAGAUGGAAAUGGUCGAGUAGCUCUUCAUCUCGCUGCGUAUCAUGGUGACCCUUGUCUUUCAUUUAUUUUCGAAAAGAAUCCAAUAGUUGAUAUCAUGGAUAAUAUGGGACAAACUCCGUUGAUGUUAGCUGCAAGUCAAGGACAAUUGACCUCAGUUCAAUUUUUAACGGAAACUGCUCAUGCCGACGUAGAUUCAAUUGAUAAUAAUGGAAGAACUUCAUUGCAAUGGGCAGCUAUAAAUGGCCAUUCGAAAGUAGUUGAAUAUCUUUGUGGAAUUGGAUCAGAUGAAGGUCAUAAAGAUAAUGAUGGAGCAGUUGCAUUGCACUAUGCAGUCACUCAUGAUAAUGUUGAAUUGGUCAAACCAUUGACAAAUAAGCAUACGGUUGAGGCAAAGGAUCGAUAUGGACAACAUCCAAUGAUGAUUGCAGCUGCUAAUGGAAACUUGAAAGUAAGUUGA